UGAGUUGAAAUUGUACUAUCCCCGCUUCACGCAGCUUCACGCCUUGUUGACGACUGGCUCCUCGCCCUCGACUAGCUCAGGCUGUCGCGUGUAACAUCGCAACCUGUCCCAUUUCACUCCUCUCCUUCAUUGACACUUGUGUUUAUUUUUUUGUCUAUCAUGACUAUCCUAUUCACGAAUUUACGACUGAUUGCUUACGUCUUUGUUUUCCUGCUGUCUGGCACUGUGUUGGGCCUUGCAGCAAAUUUUGCUCGGCUCUUUCUUCCUGAUAUCAACCAUGACUUCACCAUUUUCUCCCUCGUCGUACCAUCGCUCACCAUACUAUUAUUCAUGUUAUUAGUACAAUUCGCGCAGCCUAUUAUAGAGGUUGCCGUACACUUCGUGCUCGGAGUUCUCUGGCUCGCGAUGGGUGCAUGGUCAGCCGAUAUCAUAGGAUAUGUGCAGUGUUAUGCCCUUGGGGGACAGCAGCAGCCGACCAAAGAUGGGACUAUGGAUGCGCGUGCCUACUGCUAUGAGAUGAAGGUCAUCGAGGCAUUCUCGUGGGCAAUCUUCGUAUCGCUGAUCUUCUUUUUCAUUAUCAUCAUUGCUUUAACCACCCGGGCAGUGGCCUUCGGUCGCCGAUAUGCCUGGCACGAACAUAUAUCUCAGCUGGGGUGGUUCAAUCAGUUUCCCGGAUACCCGACCGAAGUAGUAUAUCCUCAGGCUCAACCCAUGAACUACAACUCGUACUCUGGCCAACCAGGCACACCGUACAACGCUAUGUCGGGCAAUGUCAUUCAACAGAUGCCUGGCCACUCUGUUGUCAUACAACCUGGCAUAAACGGUGGAAUGCCAACUAUUUCUCAAGUUCCUUCUGUAUAGAGACCACAUUCCACCACAUUCUUCGUACCGUGAAGAUUAGGUGUUCUCUCUAUCAUUGCUUUGCAACUGCUUUGCUCUUCUUGCUUAUCAUAUCGUUUCAGAAGCGAUCAUCAAAUGUUUACCAGAGUUACUAUUGAUGUUUGUACUAUGUUACCACGCUUGUUUGCUUCUCACCUCAUCCGCAUACUUCAUCGCAUAAAAUGCACUGCUCGCAGGCCUCGUGCACCUAUACCCCUAGCGAAGUGCCAACUAGCAUCAUAUAAUUCUAUAAGCUCGAUGCAAGUGGACUUGGAGUGGACACGUUCCGGGAAUCCAGUCGCCUGUAUUGAAAACGCGCAGAUCCACGUGCCCAUACAACAAUUGACCGUUGCCUCGUGUUGUUCGCCGGCAUGCUGUUCUCGUGUCCAGGUAUGUAGGACCUUAAUCCAAUCACGAUAACGCCCGUUCGCGCCGUUCCCACCUCCAGUUUACUUGACCUUUAACCUCCUACAAUCAACCAUGGCCUUGUUCAGCGAGCAUCCAGUCAGACAUGUUCUCAAAGCUAUUCUCGCUUUGGCGGCGGUGCAUGUCAUCAUGAAGUUCAUGCCUCAGUCUAUACGUUUGUAGCAUCUCUCGUUAUAUGUGAAGUUUACCAAAAGAAUGUGUUGCAGAAAUCCUCCAUUUGACUCAAACAUCUGUCACCAUUAUGGCCAUAGCAGCGUUGGUAUUCCUCGUUGUGCUGCAUCAUAGGAGCGAGUCCGGCCGGGUUCUGUCCCAGACUCAGGAAGAGAUGAUCAUUAUUGCUGCAUUUGGUGCUUUUUGGUUCGCUUUCCUCAUAGCGAUGCGGACAUUCAAUCAGUCAAGCGUUGACGUCAAUCUGGCUCACCCUAGGAACAUGUUCUCUCCAGGUGCUCGGGAGUCUGCCGCCGCCGCCAGCGGAGCUCAAGCAAAUGCUGGAGGUUACCGCGGCGCGCAUGAUGGUCGAUACGGGCAGCCGCAGGCCGGUUUCCGUAAUUCGCACCCAUGCAAUCCGAAUGACGCCUACUGUGUUGUUGAGGAGUGGACCUUCUACUGAGCUCGCUAAGACCUAUAUGCGGGGGCGCAAUAUCUUGACCUGGCUUGUGGGGAGAGUGCAAUGACGAUUUUAGGUUACGAGUAUGUAACACGGAAACGAUGAAUAUAUCGUGAUUAAGAGCCAUGUUGCUUGUCUGCAAAGCAAUGCUG